ACCGCUCUUUGUUAUUCUGACUCUGGAUUUUAAAUAGACCUUACAUCAUGUUUUAGCUGUUUACCGGACCGGGUUAAUCUGUUUAGAGAAGCCGGUCGCCACAUGAAAAUUGCGCACAGAGGAUUACUUGACUUUACUGGAACUGAUCAAGAUGGCUCAUUUCUUAUAGAUUAUAGCAGUUAUAACAGUUUUCUCAAAUGUUCUUUAAAUCUGAUGGCGUUUCUUCUUUUUGUUUGUGUCCUCUUCAGGUUUUUCAUUCCUCUAAAUAUUGCGUCCAGAACCGUCGGAACCUCAGUUCACCUUAAUUUGCUGACCUUAACCUCUUGUACUGCCCUCUGUGAGAUGGUAACAUACAGCAAAACUGAUUCAGCUGUCGGUAACUGCCUCUCGGGUGCCAAGAUGGGCAUAGGUUACCACUACAAGACCUUUGUCUCAGAGGAACAGUUUGUGAUGGUUAUGAAGACACUACAGAGGCUCAGAGAGUGUGACUUUUUCUGGAACACCAUUACUGGAAAGCAGUCCAGUGUUCUCCUGUCUUCGCACUUGCCCGGUACCUUCCUGAUCCGGGAGAGUUCUGACAACCAGCACCUCUUUACCCUCAGCAUUAAGACGGAGAUGGGCACCAAGAACCUGCGCAUACAGUGUGACGAAAACUCCUUCUUCCUGCAGACGGAUCCCAAGAAUAUGGACAUUGCGCCACGUUUUGAGUGUGUUCUCAAGCUUAUCAAUUACUACAUUUGUCAAAGGAAAGCAAAUAUUGCCCAUUACAUCGGCGCUGGAGGGGAGAGGAUCCCUCUUGAGCUGAUCAGACCACUCUACUUGUCCAUGUCGUCGUUGCAGCACCUUUGCAGAAAGAAAAUUAACAAAGACUUGGACAUUUCUUCUCAAAAAGACCAGCUGCCUAGCACAGUUCGAGAUUACCUUAAUAAAUAUGAUGUUGAUAUCUAGACUCAAAGACUCAGGCCAAUGACAACUGGGUGGUGCCAAUACAGCUAUGGGAGGUCAUCUGUGUACGAUGUAGCAGAGACAACUGAAUCAGGCCCAGAGGAGCAAGUCAAAGUGUAAAGUCUCUUAAACCUUUGAGAAGAGACAGCAAGGAGAUUGAGAAGAGCAGCUUUGUGAUCUGGUGAUAUGAAAAGAGGGAUAAGCCAUGCC